CCGUUCUUCAGGGGAAGACUCAAGUGCUCAUGUUUCCAGGGGUCAAGGAGCUCACAGUUUACUCAGCUCCAGAGAGCCAGUGUCCAGAGGGAGCUGCCAACAGCUGGGGUUCUCCCGGCCAGAUCCCAGAGCUGAGCCCCCAUCUGCCAGUAGGACGUGUUGUCUGUGGGCCAGCCACAGGGGGGUGGGUGAUGGGGCAGGGGGGACAGAGCUGAGGCUAUCAGCGCUGCCCCCCGGCCCCCCGGCAUGCCCAUGCUCCCGGCCAGAGCCCGCAUCCUGCUGCUGCUGGCGGGACUGCAGCUGGUGCUGCUGGCACUGCUCUCCCGCGAGGGGUCCCGCCGUCGCGUCACCUACUUUCUGGGCAUCUUCACCCGGGGCGGGGGCGGGGCCGGAGCCAGGGAAGCUCUGCCCAGGGGCCGCCACCACAACGCCUCUAGACCAGGAGAUGUCUACGCCAACCUCAGCGUCCUCCUGCGGCCGCCCGGGAGGCCCACAGAACAACUGCCCUACUGCCCCAAGACCUCGCCCUACCUCAGUGGCCCCCUACGGGUGACGUUCCCCCCCGGGCUGAUGCUCCAGGAUAUCGUGCAGAGGAACCCCCUGGUGCAGCCAGGGGGCCAGUACCAGCCCCCGGACUGCGACCCGCGACACCGCACGGCCGUGAUCAUCCCACACCGCGGCCGGGAGCAGCACCUCAAGCUGCUGCUGUACCACCUGCACCCCUUCCUGCAGCGCCAGCAGCUCCGCUACGGCAUCUACAUUGUCCACCAGGCCGCCAACUACACCUUCAAUCGGGCAAAACUGCUGAACGUGGGCUUCCGGGAGGCCAUGAAGGACGAAGACUGGGACUGUCUGUUCUUCCACGACGUCGACCUCAUCCCCGAGGACGACCGCAACCUGUACACCUGCGACGCCUUCCCCAAGCACGUGGCCAUUGCCAUGGACAAGUUUGGCUACAAGCUUCCGUACAAGUCGUACUUCGGCGGUGUGUCCGCCCUGAGCCCUGAACACUACAUGCGGAUGAACGGCUUCCCCAACAACUACUGGGGCUGGGGGGGCGAGGACGACGACAUUGCCAUCAGGGUGGCGCUGAGCGGGAUGCUGAUCUCUCGGCCGUCGAUGCAGCUGGGUCGUUACCGCAUGAUCAAGCACGGGCACGACAAAGGCAACGAGCAGAACCCCAGAAGGUUUAACCUUCUGGCCAAGACCCGGCGGACGUGGCGCCAGGACGGCAUGAACACACUCGAGUACACGCUGCUCACCAAGAAGCGGCAGCCCCUGUACACCAACCUCACGGUGGACAUCGGCACCGACCGUGGUCCCCGGACCCGGUCCUGACCCCUCCCCUCCCACCCCCCGCGACCGCUCCACUGGCCCUUCCUGGCCCCUGCAGACCAAAGACUCCCCAGAGUUGGCGGGGGGUGGGGGAAGCGUGGCCCCCUCCUCUCCCAGCGGAACUUGGGCCGGAAGGACUGGGAGGUGGGAGGCUCUGAGCUGCAGCGUCCUCGCCCUCCCUUUGUUUCCAUUCGGUUUCUUAUUAAAGUGCAAUUUAUUUUACUCUC